CUAGAGGUUGCGUGUCUUCACUCUCCGCCCAAACCUUUCUCCCAGACUCAAAUCAAACAGUUCAACGCAGACCACUUGACAAUUUUGAGUUUUACACCAAGAAAACGUGGCUGUGGCGCUCGCUUUGACGUGUAGUCUUCUUCCUUCCUCCUUCCUUCCUCCGAUUCCUUCCUUUCCUUCUCCUACCCACAAUUCUUUCUCCCAUUUCACAAAUGAACUUUCAUUCAUAUAUAUACAUAUAGCUUUAUAUAGAUAUAAUACUCCGACAGCCAACAAUUUCUUCUUCUUUUUGACCUUCGGUUCUGCAGUGUUCUAGUAGUAUUUACAAGUUUUCGUAUACCCAGAUGGAGGUUUCAUCAGCCUCAUGCUCGUCGCCCCUUUCAAUUCACUCCAGGAUUGAUUUUGGGCCAUUGAACCUUCACCGUCGGCGUGUUUCUGCAAAAUUCGACACCGCCGUUGACGGCCACGAUCGCCGCCGCCGCCGCCACCGAUGCCAAAAGACCCUGUCCACAUUCCCAGUUUACACUCCCUCUUCCUCCUCUAUUUCCACCACCACCACCACCUGCAGUAGUAGUAGUAGUUCAUCUUAUUUUGGUAUAUCAAUACCCUCUCACAAGACCUCCAAGAACGUUAUAUACCAAUCCCCAUCUCGAAAACGAUCUCAGUCGACUGUAGUUUGUGGGGUUUUCGAACGGUUUACAGAGAGAUCAAUUAAGGCGGUGAUGUUCUCUCAAAGAGAAGCGAAAGAUCUAGGCAAUGAUAUGGUGUUCACACAACACCUUUUGUUGGGAUUGAUUGCAGAGGAUUCAACCCCCGGUGGCUUUUUGGGUUCUGGAAUUACAAUUGCCAUGGCUCGUGAGGUUGUUCGGAGCAUUUGGAAUGAUAGCAAUAGGGAUAAGGAGAAUGAUAAGAAUUCAAUGAAUUCUUCGGUCAUCUCGGCUACAGAUGUGCCGUUUUCUGUGAGUACUAAGCGGGUUUUUGAGGCUGCAGUAGAGUAUUCGAGGACAAUGGGUCACAACUUCAUUGCUCCAGAGCAUAUGGCGAUUGGAUUGUUAACUGUUGAUGAUGGCAGUGCUGGUCGUGUCCUCAAGAGAUUACGGGCAAAUGUAAACCACUUGGCAGAUGUGGCAGUCUCCAGACUUGAAGGAGAGCUUGCCAAAGAUGGUAGAGAACCUCCGACUGUAUUCAAGCAGACAUAUGGAAAAUCCUUUCCUGGAAAAGCCACUAUUUCCAGAUCCUCUGAGAAAACAGGAGAGAAAAGUGCUUUGAAUCAAUUCUGUGUGGAUCUUACUGCUCAUGCUGGUGAUGGACUCAUUGAUCCUGUAAUUGGUCGUGACACUGAAGUUCAGAGAAUUGUUCAGAUACUUUGCAGAAGAACCAAAAAUAAUCCUAUUCUUCUUGGUCAAGCUGGAGUUGGGAAAACAGCUAUUGCUGAAGGGUUGGCGACUAACAUUGCUGAGGGAAAUGUUCCUGUCUUUCUCUUGACAAAGCGCGUAAUGUGCUUAGAUGUAGGUCUAUUAAUAUCAGGAGCAAAGGAGAGGGGCGAGUUGGAGGGACGUGUCACUACAUUAAUUAAGGAGAUAAAGAAAUCAGGCAAUGUCAUUCUGUUUAUCGAUGAGGUCCACACACUUAUUGGCUCGGGCACAGUUGGACGAGGAACCAAAGGGUCUGGUCUUGACAUUGCUAAUCUAUUGAAGCCAUCACUUGGGAGGGGUGAAUUACAGUGUCUUGCAUCUACAACCAUGGAUGAAUACAGGAUGCAUUUUGAAAAGGAUAAAGCAUUGGCCAGAAGAUUCCAGCCCGUACUUAUCAAUGAACCCAGUCAGGAGGAUGCAGUUAGGAUAUUGUUGGGUCUGCGUCAUAAAUAUGAGGCUCAUCACAAAUGUAAAUACACAUUGGAGGCAAUAAAUGCUGCUGUGCACCUGUCAUCAAGAUAUAUUCCGGAUAGGUAUCUUCCUGACAAAGCUAUUGAUCUUAUUGAUGAGGCGGGAAGUAAAGCUCGUAUGGAAGCUUUUAAGAGGAGAAAAGAACAGCAAACUUGUAUACUUUCAAAGUCUCCAGAUGAUUACUGGCAAGAGAUUAGAGCUGUUCAGGCCAUGCAUGAAGUGGUCCUGACAAGUACACCGAAUGAAACUGAUUAUGCUCUCAGGAUGGAAGAUGAUACCAAGUUUCAGUUGGAACCCUCUUUACUUUUGACAUCUGGUGAUGAGGAACCCAUGGUGGUUGGACCUGGUGAAAUAGCAGCAGUUGCUUCACUCUGGUCAGGGAUUCCAGUACACCAGCUCACUGCUGAUGAAAGAAAACUUCUGGUGGGUCUUGACGAGGAGCUUAAGAAACGGGUUGUUGGUCAAGAUGAGGCAGUUGCUGCCAUUUGUCGAGCUGUUAAGAGAUCCCGGGUUGGCCUGAAGGAUCCGAGUAGGCCAAUUGCUGCAAUGCUUUUCUGUGGCCCGACCGGGGUUGGCAAAACAGAACUGACUAAAGCUUUGGCAGCCUGCUAUUUUGGCUCAGGAGCAGCCAUGCUAAGGUUGGACAUGAGUGAAUAUAUGGAGCGGCAUACUGUAAGCAAGUUAAUAGGAUCACCCCCAGGUUAUAUAGGCUAUGGAGAGGGAGGCACGCUUACAGAAGCUAUCAGAAAAAGACCUUUUACAGUUGUCCUGCUUGAUGAGAUAGAGAAAGCACAUCCAGAUAUAUUCAAUAUUCUUCUCCAAUUGUUUGAAGAUGGUCACCUCACAGAUUCUCAGGGCCGAAGAGUAUCAUUCAAGAAUGCCUUGGUAGUGAUGACUUCUAAUGUUGGUUCUGCUGCCAUCGCGAAGGGGAGACACAACUCGAUUGGUUUCCUGAUUGCAGAGGAUGAAUCAACUUCAUAUGCUGGAAUGAAAGCAUUGGUGAUGGAAGAAUUAAAGACGUACUUUCGUCCAGAGUUGCUCAACAGGAUAGAUGAAGUAGUUGUAUUCCGUCCCCUGGAGAAGUCUCAGAUGCUUGGGAUAUUGAAUAUGAUGCUACAAGAGGUCAAGGAAAGGCUCCUCUCUCUGGGAAUUGGUCUGGAGGUGUCGGAAGCAACCAUGGACUUGGUAUGCCAACAAGGAUUUGACAGGAGUUAUGGUGCCCGGCCUCUUAGGAGGGCACUUACCCUCCUAAUUGAAGAUCCCUUGAGUGAAUCUCUUCUUUCUGGGGAUUGCAAGCCAGGUGACAUUGCUGUAAUUGAUUUGGAUGAUUCAGGAAGCCCAGUUGUUACUAAUCGGUCAAGUCAGGAUAUCCGCUUCUCUGAUACAGCAUCCUUCUUGUAGGUAAUUGCUAAACCAACGUGACAAUAUAUAUGUCUUGUAUAUCUUAGUAAAUUCUUUGCAGUAUAGUGUAGAUAAUUGAUUAAUUCAUGUAAAACUGAGGGAAGAAACAAAUAGAAAUCAUUCAUUGGACCAGUGAGAAAUAGGUCCAUAAACCACAGUGGAGAUACCUUUGCAAAUUUUAUUGCCCAUGUCAUCCAGCAAUUAGAGGAAUCAAAAAAAAUUUGUCGUUGCAAAGGCAAAAGAAGAUUCCAUCUGCCCAGGAUGCGUAUCUUUUCAUUCGGAUAGGAGAGCAGUUAGCAAUGCAUCAAAUCAUGUAUUUUAUUCAAGAAACGAAUCAUGUGUUCAAACGAAUAUGAAAGUAUUGUAGAUCUAUUAUUUAUACUGUUAUAAGGACGAAAGAGAUAUAAUUAUAUAGUCUUAAUCAUCA